AUGGCUUUCUUACGAGAUGCUGAGAGUAAUCCGGCGGUGCAAGCCAUCUUAUCGAGGUUGCAGCAUGUCGAUACCAAGGCCGUCGCUGUUGGCUUACCAGUGACUCUUUUCGGGCUUGCAUUCUCUUAUUACUUCGUCGCAUUGCUCUACAGCCUCUUCCUCUCACCUCUGAGAAGCAUUCCUGGCCCGUUUCUGGCUCGUUUCACGCGUUGGUGGGAAUAUCGGCUGGUCAAACAAGGCAACUCAAACCAAGAAUUCAUCCACUUGCACAAGAAAUAUGGCCCAGUUGUACGACUUGGACCAAACCGGUACAGUCUCAGUCAGCCGAAAGAUGUCAAAAAGGUCUAUGAAUUGGGAGGCAAGUAUAUCAAGACAACCUACUACAAUCCACUACUCAGCCCAGUUGUGCAUGAGCAAAACAUAUUCGCCAUCCAAGACAAUGGUUUGCACAAGGAGAGGCGACGGAAGAUCUCGCCGAUGUACACCAUGUCAUCCAUGGUAUCUUAUGAGCCUGCCGUAGACGAGAUGACCCAUGUCUGCGUCCGCAAGCUCAAGGAGUUUGCCAAGGAGGGCCGUCUAGUUGAUAUUCCUCAUUGGAUGCAAUACUACGCCUUUGAUGUUAUCGGCGCUAUCACCUUCAACAAGAGUUUCAACAUGAUGGAGAACGAGGGUGAUACGACCGGAAUGAUCAAGGGUAUCCGAGAAGCCAAUGACUUUUUGGCCUUCUGGGGUAUCGUUCCCAAUCUGGUCCCAUGGCUCAUCGGCAUCGCUACAGCUUUGGGCACCGCUUCAAACACCUCAACACUUGUCAGCUACACCCUCACCCAGAUUGAUAACACGCGGAAAGAAAAUGCCAAAUCCACAGUCAAGGGUAGCACCAAAUACGACACAUUCCUAAAGAAGCUGCUUGAGGGCGAGUCUGAAGGUCGUCUCAAAACGCCGAAUCUUCUUGACGCAUGCGGUAGCAACAUCGGGGCCGGGUCCGAUACCACGGCCGUUACUCUGAGCUCAGCUCUGUACUACUUGUUCCAGAACUCAGAUAAGUUGAAGAAGCUACGGCAGGAGAUUGACCAGAAGGCAGCCAAUGGCGGUCUCUCGGACCCGGUUACGUUCCAAGAAGCACAGGACAUGCCGUAUCUACAAGCUGUCAUCAAGGAGACGCUGCGUAUCCACCCCGCCGUUGGGACAAUCCUACCUCGCGUCGUGCCCCCCGGUGGUAUGGAAUUAUCAGGAAUCUACUUCCCUGAGGGGACCGAAGUCGGCGUUAACGCAUGGGUCUUACAUUAUGACAGGGAAAUCUACGGCCCAGACCCUGAAGUCUUCCGCCCUGAGCGCUGGAUUGGCGAUGAGAAGACGAGCAUUAUGGAUUCUAUGAUGUUUGCUUUUGGAGGUGGCGCUCGAACUUGCAUUGGGAGGAAUAUCAGUCUUUUGGAGUUGACCAAGAUGGUCCCUCAGAUUGUCCGCAAGUUUGAUCUCGUUAUUGAGGACGCAGACAAGCCGUUGGACACCUCCUGUGCGUGGUUCGUGUAUCCUCAUUACAACGGCCGCUUCAAGAUGCGCGAAUAA